AUGUCUGUGGAUCCACACAGUAUAUUAAACUGGAGACUGGUCCCUGGGAUCGUCGACUCAUACUUAAAGACUCCAGACCCUGUUCUGAUCUCUGAUCUCUGUGUUCUAUAUUUCCUACAAGGCCAGGCCUCCAUCCACAUUCGUUCAAGCAACUACUACCACUCCACCAACAUGUUGCCCUCCUCUCUCCGCCUGUGCUUCCUAGCCGCAACCCUCUUCCUCAUCAACAUGACAGCGGCCUUCCCCCUUAUCAGCCGCGAAGUCGAAUGGUCCUUCACGCUUUUCCCGACCUCCUCUUGCAACGGAACCGGCGACCCCCACGCCGGCUCCGGGAGUACAGGCUGUCGCGCAGACCUCAACAGCGUCGCCUCCGCCUACACCCUCCACUCCGUCGCCGAGGGCUGUCGCAUCGAAUUCUUCGAUAACACAAUGUGCGACGAGACCGAGCUCUCCGAUGUCGCUGGCCAGAUCACUUCCACCAACACCUGCCGGAUGGCCGGUCCCCGACGCCGGUACGGCUCCUACCAGGUGACCUGCGAGUGA